AUGUUUUUAGCUUUGCUGGUCACUUUUACAUCAGCAGGCUUUGUCAUUUUGACGAACGACACUUUUGUCGACUUCGUAGCUCAGUACAAAUGCGAUGAGUGUGUAAUGCCUUUCAACGAAACAAUUCAAUUCGAUUCAAAACCCACUCUCUGUACCAACGAGACUUCAGAAAUUAAUAUUAAACUACUAGAAAGUAUACCUCGGGAUAUUACUAUGGCAAUCUAUGAACUCACAUUAAACUACUCUCACACCCUCGACGAUUAUGGGUUGCCAACUUAUCUCCAAGUUAAUAUGGGCUCUUCCGAACCAGUUCGCUUUUUCUUGAAUCCGGACUAUGCAAAUGAUAUCUGCGCUGACUGUGUAUACACUGAAAAGUUCAUUUGUUCACCCACAUAUGGCCAAGUCGGGACUAUUAUAACACUCAAACCACUAGGUAAUAUCAUAUGCUUCUCUGGUAUUAAAAUCACACAGUUUUUGUCAAUCGAAACACCAGAUAUCAUUUCCGUGUCGCCGCCACUCGGGCCGAUCAACGGAAACACUGUUAUUGCUAUCACUGGAUCCAACUUCUUUGACGACCAAUUUGAAUGCUACUUUAACGCUACACAAGGCGAGUUUAUUCGAAUUUCAGAACAAAAGGCACAAUGCAUCUCUCCACCUUAUGAGCAUGCGGACAGCGUUGUUGUGAAAUUGUACAGUAAGAGGUACCCCACGCGAGACCUCGCACAUUUUUCAUAUCAAUAUUACAACACGAUAUUUUCAAGUGCGAGAAUGUACCAAGACGAGUCAGGGAAGAACCAACAGAUUGAGGUAUGUGGGAGUGGUGUUGUUUCAUCGGAGAAUAUCGAAUGUGUGAUAUCGUCAAAUGGUAUGAAUACAACAGUGGGUGGAAUAUACUUGAAUGAGGACUGUGUCUUGUGUUUGUACGAUCCGACGAAGAGCGGAGACAAAGUCACCAUCACUGUCUACUUGAAUGGGCAAGACUCCUCGGGGUCGAUUUCUCUUGAGUGGAAAACCGAUUUUCAAUAUGGCAAAGUGACACUGUUAGUGUUUGUCGGUGUUGUGGCUCUCUUUUUGAUAAUUGGGGUGGUCGUGUUGGGUGUUCAAAUAUUCCGGCGAGGAAAGGGGAAGAGUUUUCGUGGUGGUAUCACGGCGUCUGAUGUAUUCUUGAAAGAGCGAAUAAGUACAUUAGAACAUCAAACAGUGUGGCACGGUAAUUGGAAAGGGGUUGAACUAGCUGUCAAGAAAGUUUUAAUAAGUGAGGGGGAUGUGUGUAUGAAGGAGGAAGUAGUCAAGCGGAUGAUGUCUUCUCGGCAUCCGUGUACUGUCCAGUACUUAGGGUUUUGGUAUGAAGACAAUCGGUUAUGUGUCGCGAUGGAGUAUUUCAGUAAAAAGUCGUUGUUUGAUGUAUUGCACUCUUCAUUAAAAGGCGUCACUAUAGCAACUAAAUUGAGGAUGUUAGGAGAUGCUUCCAAAGGGUUAGAGUUUCUUCACAGUUGUUCUCCCGUUUUAGUCCAUGGGAACUUAACGUCUCGAAAUCUCAUGGUGAGUCAAAAUUAUUCGAUUAAAAUAGGAGACUUUGGGAUGCGGAAAUGUGGAGAAGAAGUGAAGUGUAAAGAUGUCCCAUGGAGUGCGCCAGAAGUGUUACAAUUUGGUGACAUCAGUACCAAAAGUGAUAUCUAUAGUUUUGCAAUUAUCAUGUGGGAAGUCGUGAUGACCAAAAUUCCGUUUGGUGAGACGGACAAUGUCGAAGACAUACGAAAAAUGAUCAUAUCAGGUGUUCGCCCCAAGUUAGGAAAAGAAAUUCCUCAAUGUUGUCAAGAUUUAUUACUUUCGUGUUGGGUCAGUCAACAGGACCGAGUGAUUCAAAUUGAUGAAAUCGCGCUACGUGUUGAGAGUUGGAAGCACACUCAAAUAUGGUUUUUGUAA